GCUCCUCCGCAUCCCCGCUCCGGACUCUAUAUCCGGGAAGAAGAGGACCUUCUGCAACCCUCCCGCCCCCCUCCCCAGCAGUCUGAGCCCGGAACUGCUGCCCGUCCGUGGCUCCCGGCAGUGCCAGGAAGGGGCAGAGCGUUGCAAGAACUUACAGCUCUCUCGUCUGCCCGCGGCUGGUUUAAUCGCUUGCAAUGAGGAUCCGUCUGGCCAGAAGAUGGACUUGGCUUGUCAGAAGCUGCCUGUUGCUUGGCCUCUUGAUGGUUGCCUACUUCGUAGUGGAGCUGUCUGUUUCUACCUUCCAUGCCUCCUCCACCGGAGACAGCGUCACCAAUGGGAGAUGGGAGAGGCACUUUUCUAAUAGAGCAGAAAAAGCAGAGGAUUUGGCUCGUCCAGUUUAUGAAAAAUCCCCUCCUGAUUCUUCUGCGCCAGGAGAAUGGGGUAAGGCCGCUCGUCCACAAUUGACUCCUGAGGAAAAGAAACUUGAAGAAGAGCUGAUUGAAAAAUAUGCAAUUAAUAUUUAUUUGAGUGACAAAAUAUCUCUACAUCGUCACAUACAGGACAAUCGAAUGUAUGAAUGUAAAGCCAAAUCUUACAACUAUAGAAAACUUCCAACUACAUCCGUUAUAAUUGCUUUCUAUAAUGAAGCUUGGUCAACCUUACUGCGGACAAUUCACAGCGUUCUUGAAACAUCUCCUGCAGUACUUCUAAAAGAAAUUAUACUAGUGGAUGACUUGAGCGAUAAAAUAUAUCUGAAGGCUGAACUUGAAAAGUACAUUAGUAACCUGAAAAGAGUUCGUUUGAUAAGAACCAGCAAACGAGAAGGACUGGUUCGUGCACGCUUAAUUGGAGCUACCUUUGCUACUGGUGAUGUCCUCACAUUUCUAGACUGUCAUUGUGAGUGUAACUCUGGUUGGCUGGAACCACUUUUAGAGAGGAUUGCUGAGAACGAGACUGUGAUCAUUUGUCCUGUUAUAGAUACCAUUGAUUGGAAUACAUUUGAAUUCUACAUGCAGACGGGUGAGCCCAUGAUUGGGGGAUUUGACUGGCGAUUGACAUUUCAGUGGCAUUCCGUGCCUGAACAUGAACGUCAAAGAUGGAAAUCUAAAACUGACCCAAUUAGAUCCCCAACUAUGGCUGGUGGGCUAUUUGCAGUUAGUAAGAAGUAUUUUGAGUAUCUUGGUACAUAUGACACAGGGAUGGAUGUCUGGGGUGGGGAGAAUUUAGAACUAUCAUUCAGGGUGUGGCAAUGUGGCGGCACGUUGGAGAUCCAUCCUUGUUCCCAUGUAGGCCAUGUGUUUCCAAAGCGGGCUCCAUAUGCGAGGCCAAAUUUCCUUCAGAACACUGCACGUGCUGCCGAAGUGUGGAUGGAUGAAUAUAAAGAACAUUUUUACAAUAGAAAUCCUCCAGCAAGAAAAGAAAAUUAUGGUGAUAUUUCUGAAAGAAAACUAGUAAGAGAGCGUUUGAAAUGUAAGAGUUUUGACUGGUAUUUGAAAAAUAUUUUUUCCAACUUACAUGUACCAGAGGAUCGUCCGGGCUGGCAUGGAGCUAUCCACAGUAUGGGAAUAUCAUCAGAAUGUCUAGACUACAAUUCACCUGAACAUAAUCCUACUGGGACUUACGUGUCUCUCUUUGGAUGUCAUGGUCAAGGAGGCAAUCAGUUCUUUGAAUAUACAUCGAGUAAAGAAAUUAGGUUUAACUCUGUGACUGAACUAUGUGCUGAAGUCCUUGAACAAAAGGAUUUAAUUGGCAUGAGGAACUGCCCAAAAGAUAGAUCCCCUAUCCCAGAAAAUAUCAUAUGGCAUUUUAAAGAGGAUGGGACUAUUUAUCAUCCUCAUUCAGGAAAGUGCCUUAGUGCUUAUCGUACUUCUGAGGGUCGGCCUGAUGUGCAAAUGAGGACUUGUAGUGCUGCAGAUAAAAAUCAAAUUUGGAAGUUUGAGAAAUAAAAUAGCCACUGAUGAUAGUUAUUAUCUGAAGAACUUCAGAGUAAAUUAGUGGCUGGCUAUGCUUUGAUACGUGGAUGUCCUCUGAGAGCCUUCCCUAUAGUAGUUUAGGAACUGAAUCUCUUAUGCUGAAAUUUACGAAAGUGGGUUGGCAAAUACUGGGAAUUAAUAUUUAAAAGUGCCUUUUUGUAGUGACUUAAGGUUUUUAUUUUUGUAGAGUUUUGAUUCAUUAAAUUCACAGAA